AUGCCGUUUCUGCUCAAUGCCGACGCCUCCUUCAGCUCCAAGCAGGAGCUCCUGGACCUCCAGGACUGUCCUCUGGGCGGGGGGGCCUGCCUGGACACCCCCAGUCCUGGGGACUCCCAAACGGCUAGCCCCUUGGGGUCUGAUCCCGGUAGCCCCGGUAACCCCCCGACCGAUGUUUCAAUGGUCCCACCCAGGAUCUUCACCGGGGCGUCUACGGCCCUGGAUACCCUGGAUACCCCCGCUGACCCCCCCCAGCUCUGCGGUUGGGGGGCCCUGACCCCCCGCUCGGCCCAGGCCUUCAACACCCCGCGCUGGGUGCUGUUCUUCCUCUGCGCGGCCUCCUUCCUGCAGGGCAUGAUCGUCAACGGCUUCAUCAACACGGUGGUCACCUCCAUCGAGCGGCGCUUCGACCUGCGCAGCUACCAGGCCGGCCUGGUGGCCAGUUCCUACGACAUCGCCGCCUGCGUGUGCCUCGUCUUCGUCAGCUACUUCGGCGGGACGGGCCACAAGCCCCGCUGGCUGGGCUGGGGGGUGCUGAUCAUGGCCCUGGGAUCGCUGGUCUUCGCCCUGCCCCACUUCGUCACGCCGCCCUACCAGGUGGGCCCGCCCCAGAGCACCGGGAUGUGCUCGGCCAAUAGGACCCAGGGGUGCCGGGACCGGGCGGGCGGCGGUGGGGGGGGCGGGGGGGGGCGGGGGCGGGGGGGCGCUGUCCGGGUACCGUUCCUCCACGGAAUGGGCGCCACCCCGCUGUACACCCUGGGGGUCACCUACCUGGACGAGAACGUCAGCUCCGCCUACGGGCCCGUCUACAUCGGGAUCUUCUACACGGCAGCCAUUGUGGGUCCAGCAGCGGGUUACCUGCUGGGAGGAUACUUCCUCAACAUUUACACAGAGCUCCACAUGAAGACAGAGAUGACUCCGGAAAACCCUCACUGGAAGCACGUGGCCAUGCGGGUGUCCGAGGCCCACCAGCUGAAGGACGGGAGCCACACCACCGCCUCAGACCCCCAGUUCGGCAAGUCGGCCAAAGACAUGCCCAGAGAGGAGUACAGCCCGGUGUGCGGGGCCGACGGGGUGAUGUACUAUUCCCCCUGCCACGCAGGCUGUGACUCCACCAACAACACGCAGCACCCCACCGGCCGACAGGUGUACUCCGGGUGCAGCUGUGUGGUGGGAAACGUGUCCUGGGGGGCGGAGGGCUUCGCUCUGACGGGGAAAUGCAGCAGCUCCUGCAACCACAUGCCCGCCUUCCUCUCCCUGCUCUUCGACCAGUGCGGCGAGCAGGGCUCCUGCUACCUGUACCACAACUCCGCCAUGAGCCAGUACACGCUGGUAGCUGGAAUCAUCUACAAGAUGAUUCCGGCCACCAGCGUGUACUGGCUCAUGGCUGAGUUGUGGUACAGGUAG